CAGGAGGGGGAGUAUAUAGAGGAACACAGGGGUCUGUACAAGGACGUGAUGAUGGAGAAUCACUGGCCCCUCACAUCACUGGAUGGACCCAGUAACAGAGAUACCCCAGAGAGAUGUCCCCGUCCUCUGUAUUCCCAGGACUGUACAGAGGAGAAUCACAGGAUCCCACAGGAGGAUCAGAUGGACACACAAGCAGGAAUAUCUCAGAAGGACAUGUAAUGUUAUCCCCGGAUUGUGAAAUAAAAGAUAAUGACAGUAGACAGGAUUCUCCAGGAGCUAAUCCCAUUACCCCAAUUAUACAUCCAGCUCUAUCAGCUGAUCCCUCUGAUCCUAGGAAAUGUUCUCCUGAUCACUCUGAUAUUGGUGCAUCUGUUACAGCUCUGACAGUAGAUACAGUGUUUCCGUGUUCUGUAGAUGCCAAAUGUUUUACACAGAACACAAAGACAAUUAACCCGCACACAGGUAAGGCAGGUGAGAGGCCAUUUCUAUGUUCUGAGUGUGGGAAAUGUAUAAGUAAAUCACAUCUUGUUCUACAUCAAACAAGUCACACAGGUGAGAAGCCAUUUCCAUGUUCUGAGUGUGGGAAAUGUUGUGUAAGUAAAUCACAACUUGUUACACAUCUGCGCAGUCACACAGGUGAGAAGCCUUUUCCAUGUUCUCAGUGUGGGAAAUGUUUUGCACAGAAAUCAGAUCUUGUUAAACAUCACAGAAGUCACACAGGUGAGAAGCCAUUUUCUUGCUCUGAGUGCGGGAAAUGUUUUACACAAAAAUCACAACUUAUUACCCAUCAGCAAAGUCACACAGGUGAGAAGGCAUUCCCAUGUUCUGAGUGUGGGAAAUGUUUUACACAGAAAUCAGCUCUUGUUAGACAUAACAGAAGUCACACAGGUGAGAAGCCAUUUCCAUGUUCUGAGUGUGGGAAAUGUUGUGUAAGUAAAUCACAUCUUGUUAUACAUCACAGAAGUCAUACAGGUGAGAAGCCAUUUCCAUGUUCUGAGUGUGGGAAAUGUUAUGUAAGUAAAUCACAACUUGUUACACAUCUGCGCAGUCACACAGGUGAGAAGCCUUUUCCAUGUUCUCAGUGUGGGAAAUGUUUUGCACAGAAAUCAGAUCUUGUUAUACAUCACAGAAGUCACACAGGUGAGAAGCCAUUUUCUUGCUCUGAGUGCGGGAAAUGUUUUACACAAAAAUCACAACUUAUUACCCAUCAGCAAAGUCACACAGGUGAGAAGGCAUUCCCAUGUUCUGAGUGUGGGAAAUGUUUUGCGCACAAAUCAGUUCUUGUUAGACAUCAGCAAAGUCACACAGGUGAGAAGCCAUUUCUAUACUCUGAGAAAUAAAUCUGCUCUUGUUGCACACAAUAGACAUCACUCAGGUAAGGAACUAUUUUAUUUUGGAGUAUACUCAUCAUUGCCAUGCGUUGUUCUUCAAGGUUCUUAUCCUAUCUCCUAUGCUUUUUGCAAUAAGGUGGUAACAGCAGUUGGGGGAGACAGGGUGGGUGGCAGUAGUGGGUGUGACCGGUUGUGGCAGUAGUGGGAGGAGAUGGGACAGGUGGCAGUAGUGAGGAGACAGGGCGGGUGACAGUA